UUGCGCUUGGACCGUCACGUGAUUACCCAACUACUUCCUUCAUGAUCUCCUUGAUCGAAGUGUGUGUUUUAUCAUUCUGACCGACGUGUACGGUCUCGUUCAACAUUUUCUUUCCGAAGUGUGUUCGCUAAACGACAUUGAGCAGUGGUUCUUCGGUUACCGUGACGACCGCCGCCGGGACAAUGUCGAUGUUCAGCACGGGCGUCCUCGUGCUGACGUCCCCCCUCCACGUGCUCCCCCUGCGCAUUGCUCCGGUACUCACCUCGGCCGCCCAGCUCGUGGAGCGCACCCUCUACGUCCACCUCCACCCCGGGCUCAACCUGGGCGGCGGCGGCCAACCCCGACCUGUCUUCAUCCCGCCCGCCGUGGACCUUUCCACCCUUAUCACCCGCCUCUACAGCAACGCCGCCGACGUCUGCGCCCACUUGGACGUCCGCGUUUUGCUCACCAACGUCCACGCACCUCCAGCUGCUAGCGGCGGGAGUGGCCCCUUCCCCACGCCGCAGUACCUCACCCAUUCCCCGGAGGUGCUGCUCACGGACUUUCCUCUGCAGGACCCGGCUCAGUCCCACCAGGUGACCCAGUGUCUGCAGAAGUACACGGGACACUGCUACGUGUGCAGCCCUGCGCUUCCGUCAGUGCUGCUCCACCCGCAGAUAGUGAAGCUGCAGGGGGAGCAGGAGGCGGGGCUUAAAGAGCCUGAAGAAAAGGUAAAACCGUUGGAGACGUACACUGACGUGGUGGUCGGCGGCACCUUUGACCGCCUCCACGGGGCCCAUAAGACCCUCCUCAACAUGUCAUGCUUGCUCGCCACCAGACGCUUCCUCAUUGGUGUGUGUGACCAAGGAAUGCUGAAAAAAAAGGUGCUAAAGGAGCUCAUCCAGCCGUACUCGAUAAGAGUCCAAAAACUACACGAGUUCCUGCGGGACGUCAAGCCCUCGCUGCAGGUGGAGAUCGUGCCUCUCGACGACCCGCUAGGGGUGUCGGUGGUGGACCCCCUGCUGCAGUGCAUUGUAGUCAGCGAGGAGACGCGAAGGGGCGGGGAAGCUGUCAACAGGAAACGUAUCGAGAACGGUCUUCCAGCUCUGGUUCUUCAUGAGAUCCAGUUGCUAAAGGAUGCGCAUCACUCCGAAACUGAGGAGGAGAAGAUCAGCUCUUCCAGCCUGCGCACCCGUCUGCUGGGAACCCUCCUCGCCUCACCUAAAGCCAAGCCUCAUCUCCCUAUCCAUCCCUAUGUAAUCGGACUGACGGGCGGGAGCGGCAGCGGGAAAACCUCCGUCGCCAAACAGCUGGAGGCCUUUGGCGCCGUGCGGAUCGACUGCGACAAACUGGGCCAUCAAGUGUACGAGGCCGGUACUGGAGCCUACCAAAAAGUUCUAGAAGAGUUCGGAUCAGAUGUUCUGAAUGACGAUGAGACCAUCAACAGGCGAGCAUUAGGGAGGAAGGUGUUUGGAAAGCAGGAGAGGUUAAAAGCGCUCACAGACAUUGUGUGGCCUGAGAUCGCGCGUCUCGUUAAGGAUGCAAUCAGCCAAGCCAGAAAUGAAGGUAAAGACGUUUGUGUGGUGGAUGCAGCGGUUCUUCUGGAAGCGGGCUGGACAUACAUGGUCCACGAGGUCUGGGUGACCAUCAUUCCCGAGGAGGAGGCAUUUUUAAGGAUAACUAAGCGAGAUGGCGUGACAGCGGAAGAUGCAGAGCGCCGCCUUCAGAGCCAGUGGUCCAACAGCAAACUACUCGAGCACGCCAACGUGGUCCUCAGCACGCUGUGGGAACCCGAAGUCACCCAUAAACAGGUAAUAAAAGCGUGGAAUCUUCUCCAGAAGAGAAUCCUGGAGACACGACAGUAGGAUGACGCUCAAACGGUAUAACACUUCAGUGCCUCAAAUGUUGUCUUUUUUUUUUUUUAAUACAAUUAUUUUAUCAUGCAUACGAAAAACAGUUGGGCUGGGAUUCUUUUUUGGCGUUUUAGACAAACAUUUUGUUUGUUCCUGGUUCUGCUCCAGCCUGCUUUCUUGUUCAUCCCAAGCAUUCUUUUAUGGACCUUUGCCUAAAAAGGACUUUUCCCCUAAUGUUGGGGGCAUACAAGUUUCCUAAAGUCACAAAAUGUGUCGAAUCAACACUUAAUGGCUAAUUCAACGCUGAUUACUGGGAUAUUUUGCUCACGUUUUGGAGAUCUGUGCACUUUUCAUGUGAUCGUGUAAAUAUGCAGCACAGAAAAGGAACUGGGCCCACAAAAGUGAGAGCAUACGUUUGCUAAAAGGUGACAAAAAGUGUUUAAAAAUGACGAAUCAAGGAAUAAUGGCUAUUAAUUUAACACUGAAUAUCGGGAUAUUGUGUAGUCACAUCUAGACAUGUGCACUUUUCAAGUGAUCGUGUAAAUAUGCAGCACCGGACCACAGAAAAGGAACUGGGCCCACAAAGUUGAGAGCAUGGUUGCUAAAAGGUGACAAAAAGUGUUUAAAAAUGAUGAAUCAAGGAAUAAUGACUAAUAAUUUAACACUGAAUAUUGGGAUAUUAUGUAGUCACAUCUAGAUAUGUGCACUUUUCAUGGUCUUGAGGGAGAAAACUGUACGAUUUUGCAUUUUUAUGAUUUGGGGAUUUUCGAAAUAAGCUUUUUUGUUUAGGUAAUUGUAAUUGGUGUGAGAAAUUCCAAGCCAUUUAAUCAAAUGUCACGUGCAAUCUCCUGUUACAUGUAUGUAUUAGUUUUGCAUGGUCUUCAAAAAAACAACAAAUAUAUUUCUCUCUCAAAU